AUGUGCAAGACCUCUCAGGCUUGGAAGGAGGUUGGAGACCCUAAGAUCUCUGAAGCAGCGAACACGGACCGGAGGGAGGGUCGGGCCUUUGACCUAGGCUAUGAACCGGAGAGCAGCGACUGCAUGGCCGCCCACUUGGGCGCUGUGGAUCUAGACCUGGUUGGCGAGCUGUCCAACAAGGUUGUCUUUCAGGAGGCUAUGGCAUAUAUGGAGAAUCUACUUGACUCUAACCUCAUCAUUGUGGAGAUCAUAGUCUCAGCGGCUGUUUGGUAG